AUGAAUGAAGUGCACUUGCUGCGUGCAAAUUCAGCUUAUUCAGGCAUAACCCUGACACAAUUUGUCGGUUCUCACAACUUGAACUUCGUUGGGGGUCGCUUUAAAUGGAAGACUCAAAAAAUCUUGAAAAACUGCAAGCCCACAUUGAAUGGUGUAUUAUCCAAAAAAUUUCCUAUCAUAAUACUCAAUAUUUCAGCUGCCUUUAAGAGUUCGCUGCUGCUGCUGACGCUUCUGCUAGCCAUCCAUCUGGAGGCCUUCAAGAUAGUGUACAAGAAGCCGCUCUACGGGAUGGGUAAUCUCAUCAAGGACAAACGGGUGAAGACGAAGCUUGUCAAGCUGGAAACCAGCACCAUGAGCAGCACCACCACCGCCGCAGAGGAUUGGCCCACGGCUGUUGAGUUUGUGAUCAUAACGACGCCCCCAAGCGACUUGGAUGCCACCUCGGAAUCCGUUGCCACCACAGAAUCGCCAGUUGGUGAGGCGCCCCACUUGGGAACGUCGGAAGGAUCCACCAGCUCUGGAGAACCAUCGAGCACAACACCGUCGAGCAGCAGCCUGCUGAGCGCUAUUCCCGCGCCACCGACACCUGGAGUGGCCGUCCAGGAUAAUCAGCCAGUUCCCUGCACCUGCGGCGUCUUCCUCUCCUCCCAAAUACCCAAUGGCUUGCCCACGAAGCCGCUAAUCCACCAGGAAUUGGACCAAAUGUUCCCCUGCAAUGCGAUCGGUCGCAAGCAGUGUCAAACCAAAUGCCUGGAGACGAUCGUGCAACACCUGCCAAAUUCGGCAAAUAUAGUGUGCUCCGCGUUGGGUCACGAUUGCCACAAGGAACGGGCGUAUUUGUUCAUCAAGAACUGCAACAACCAAUGGGUUAAUACGAAUCUGCAGGCUGGCAGGGAGUACUGUUGUCGCUCUGGCCUUCCCUACCGCUGCCCGUUGAUGGGUUAACAUGCUGCAAAUGAA